UUCACUAAACCUGUUAUUGGCAGAUAUGUUCUGGAGUGCCCAGGAUGUGGUGUAAUCUAUCGUAGCCGUCAGAACUGGUUUGGAAAUAAAUACCCAGUUAUGACUGUGGUCCGGACUGAGCUUCGCCAUGCAUGGCCUGGGGUGAGGUUUAAUGCUCGACUACUGAAGAUAAAUCCCGCCACUUUUUUCCCAAUAAUUCAUGAAAAUCUGUGACAUUGCUUACAGAAACAGACUCUUAAUUUGUAUUUGAGUAAUAUAACACACUUUCUAUUGGUUUAUCAGCGUAAUAACCAUGUAGUAUGUUGGGAGAACACAUGAAAAAUUUGUAAAUCACAAACCGGAGGCAAGUGAUUGAUAAACUUUUCUAGUGUUCACAACAUCCCAAGAGGGUUAUUAGGGCAGUAAAGCAAUAAAAGGUGUGGUCUAUCCCUUUUUAUAGAAUGAAGUUGAAACAAAACAGUAUAUUUCAGUUUUCUAUGAGUUUUAACUGGACAAGUAUAAUAAAUGAAAGGUUUUUGACCAACAAGCUCCAGCCAUUUCAUGAAGAAAAUAGUCUUUUGCAUCUUUUAUUGUAACACACUUUUUGUAUUCAGCGAGUUUUUGCGAAGCUGGAUGGUGGUCAUGCGGCCAGACGGUUUUUGAAUCAUUUCAGCCAUGUAACUGACACAGUUAGAAAUCUCGGUACUCCUUCCAGUCAGGCAGUGACCAACUGGAUCACAGACAGAGUGGCUCCAGAUUAA